GUGAUGAGCACCAUAGACGGUGGAAUGGACAUGUGUGAAGUUUGUCCCUGAUGUCCUGAAGUCGGGUUCAGGGAAACCUCCGGUCAUCAUGGUAGUUUAACCCAAUCAAUAGGGUCUACAAUGGAAUAGUUUAACCCAUUACCGUCACUGCACUAGAUUCACAAUCUGGUAAUAUCAUUCAACAGCUAGUUAGUUAAGCUAAACAUUACACGUGCGCUGAAAUGGAGUAACGCAGAUUCACGUGGAUCGUCUGUCAUCUGGAAAUGCAGCGUGUGUAGACGAUCACACAACAGGAUCACACAACAGGACCGGCGCAAAGUCCACAUUGUGCUAAAAAAGGGAUGCCUUUGCUUGAGCACUGAUCCACACGCAUCAUGGCGACUGAGACGCCCGUCUCCUCCGCUGUUCGGUCUCCGAUUGAAGGAGGAAACACGUUGCAAAGAGAUUCCUACUACUUUCUCCGCUCCUUUGUAGCAGGAGGUGUAGCAGGAUGCUGUGCCAAGUGCACUAUUGCACCUCUAGACAGAGUGAAAAUUUUACUUCAAGCUCAUAACCCUCAUUACAAACACUUAGGAGUGUUUUCUACACUCAGGGCUGUACCAAAAAAGGAGGGCUUCCUCGGGCUGUACAAAGGAAAUGGGGCCAUGAUGAUCAGGAUCUUUCCAUAUGGAGCCAUUCAAUUCUUGGCCUUUGACUACUAUAGAAAGUUCCUUAAUACACAGCUUGGUAUAUCUGGGCAUGUUCAUCGUCUCAUGGCUGGAUCUAUGGCAGGAAUGACCGCAGUCAUUUGUACAUAUCCUCUUGAUGUUGUUCGUGCUCGCCUGGCAUUUCAGGUGACUGGGGAUCAUCGCUACACUGGGAUACGAAACGCCUUCCAGACCAUUUACCUGAAGGAGGGGGGCACUUCUGGGUUCUACCGUGGUUUAACUCCAACCAUCAUUGGCAUGGCUCCCUAUGCAGGAUUUGCGUUUUUUACAUUUGGAACACUAAAGAGUCUGGGACUGGCUCAUUUUCCAGACCGCUUGGGAAAGCCGUCACUGGACAACCCUGAGGUCCUGGUUCUGAAGACCCACGUUAACCUGCUGUGUGGAGGAGUAGCAGGGGCCAUCGCUCAGACUAUAUCAUAUCCUCUGGAUGUUGCCCGGAGGAGAAUGCAGCUGGGAGCGGUGCUCCCUGAUGCCGAUAAACAUCUCUCACUUACAAAGACUCUUAAGCAUGUGUAUACUCAGUACGGGAUUAAAAAGGGACUGUACCGUGGCCUGUCUCUCAACUACAUCCGCUGUAUACCGUCUCAAGCCGUUGCCUUCACCACUUACGAGUUCAUGAAGCAAGUCCUGCACUUGAACUAGAGCAGGGAUCCUCACUUCCACACCAGGAACAAAAUUGUCACACAGCUUUUGGGAGUGUUGUAGGAGCACAGAUGUGGAUAAGGAGAAGACUACUUAACUCAGAUCACUGGAAAUUAUCUGCUAACUUCACAGUGGUUGCAAUGAACAAUCCGCCUUAACCUUUCAGACUGUAUUACUGUCUUGUGUCACAAAACACAUCUUUCUCCAGGCUGCUCUGUACUUUUAUUACUGAUUACAUGUCAGUAUGUGAAAGCUAUAAUGCACCAUGAGCAUGACAGAAGCGGUACUGUGAUUGCCUCUUAACGUUUUUCAUUAAUGCAGUUAUCCAAUCAGCCAAUCAUGCAGCUUUAGCACAGCGCAUACAAGCAAGCAGAUACAGGUCAAGAGCUUCAGUUCAUGUUCACAUCAAUCAUCAGAUCAUGUCCAAACAAAUCAUGUUUUUUUCUUUAUUCUGUAGAUUGAUACGAGCAUUAACUGAAGCUGUUGACCUCUAUGUUUUGCCACAUUAUUACCUGAUAACUGCAUGAAAGAGCAUGUUUCUAUUAAAGUGAACAUGAUGAUUUUUUUUUCUUCUGUAUUACCUCCAUUCACUCCAAAUAAAUGCUGUAGAACUUGAUAUGGAUUUUCUCGUAGCAUAUCUUCUUGGACCAGAUGAUUUCUGUAGAAGGCUGUGAGUUUCUGAGAGCUUCUUAACAAUAGAUUCGACAUCUUUAUUAAAACACACUCUGUGACAUUGAGAUUGCACUUUGACAAGGAUUGUUUUGAUGGUUUUUUCUUGACCAUUUUUUAAAAAUUUUUUUAAGUUAAACGUAUGUUUCAGCACAUUUUCAGAGCCAUUGAACACAGCAUAGGGUUCAUCUUUUUGUUCAAGGCAUUUUCUUUGCUUCCACUUGAUGGCAGUCUUAAGAUGAAACAUCAUUUUAACAUCUGUGCAGCAUUCAGUUACUGUAUGUUUUUUUUUAAUCAUUAUGACAAUUUGAAAUAAUUUUUUUUUAAAUUGUUAAUAUUAUGUGAUAAACAUGCCUUUAUCUACAGGUGCUGCUUUGUCCGAUGGAAAGAAAGAUGAUGGAGACUAUUUAAUCCUCGUUUAAAAAAAAAAGGUUAUCUAGCUUGAACAGCUUGUAUAUACAGAGUUAAUUAAGCAUUGGUUGUUAAUAUGCUUAUAUUUAUCAGCAGGUUCAUGGUUUUUUUUUUGUGUGUGAAGUUAAUGUCUAUUUUUUUUUGUAUUAGACACCAUUGAAUGAAAUCAUAAUGUACUCAGAAGAUUUGCUCUGAGAAAUAUUUGUCUUGUUAAUGUUGCAAUUGUAUUGGCAGAUAGACCGAAUGUUUAACAUUAUUUCUCAUGUGAUCAUGAGUAUUGGAAUUUACCUGUAUAAGAUUCAAAAUAUGAAAUUGUAUUAGAAAUUUGGAAUUUUACAUAAUAUUAAGAUAUUGAAUUGAUACAAAACUACUGGUUGGUGAAAAGAAUUGAACAAAAUUGUUUAUUUAUUCAGUGGCUAAAUGAAAUGUAAUUUUCUAUUUCUGCAAAACUCCAUUUGGUCUGUGUGUCAGUGUAUCAAUAAAACGUUCUUGUAACUGGAGAAGGAGCACUGUUGCAUUCACUGUUCCUGAUUCUCCAGUGUAUAAAACUUUGUUGAU